GACCGCGAGCUUCGCGAGGGUUAACAUUCCGGCAGGGCUUUCCGCGUUUCCGUUUAAAGGCGGAAAACUUUUCCGAGAUUUUCCGCAAGCCAGUUUUCGUGCGUGUUCGUUGGUGUUUAGAUUUAUUAGCGCAGUGUAGCGUUGAAGUACGUGGCUCUGGAGCGAUGUAAUGAGUCGGCCGGAGUGACGGCUACGCUGCAUCACACACGAUGCACCAAUGUUCGGUCUUCAUACUUACACUGCUAUGCGUUUCUGUCAAAGAUAUAUCCGGCAGUUGGGAGGAAUGGUGGACAUACGAUGGUAUUUCAGGUCCAGGGUUCUGGGGGCUGAUCAACCCGCAAUGGAGCAUGUGUAACAAAGGCCGCCGGCAGAGCCCCGUCAAUGUGGAGCCCGACAAACUCCUGUUCGACCCGUGGCUCAGAGACAUACAGUUCGACAAGCAUAAGGUGAGCGGUGUUCUCCAGAACACAGGACAGUCCCUGGUCUUCCGAGUGGAAAAGGAUUCCAAACAUCAGGUCAACAUCAGUGGAGGACCACUCUCAUACAGGUACCAAUUCGAAGAAAUCUACUUCCACUAUGGGAUGGAAGACAACCGAGGGUCGGAGCAUCAGAUCGAUCAUCACACGUUUCCUGGGGAGAUCCAGCUGUACGGGUUCAACAAGGAGCUGUACCACAACAUGUCUGAGGCGCAACACAAGUCGCAGGGUGUCGUCGGCAUAUCUCUUAUGGUGCAAAUCGGUGAACCUACAAAUAAAGAGCUGCGGUUGAUCACUAGCGCCUUCAACAAAGUCAAUUACAGAGGCAGUUCAUACCCCAUCAAACACCUGCCCCUGAGCUCAUUACUGCCCAACACUCAACAGUACCUGACAUAUGAGGGCUCCACGACCCACCCUGGGUGCUGGGAGACUACAGUCUGGAUUGUCUUCAAUAAACCCAUCUAUAUUUCUAAGCAGGAGAUGUACGCUCUCCGGCGACUGAUGCAAGGGUCCCAGUUAACUCCAAAGGCUCCAUUAGGCAACAACGCGAGGCCAGUGCAGCCUCUUCACCACCGCACCGUCCGGACUAACAUCAACUUCAACAAACAGGGCCUGCCGGUCUCGAGCAAUUGUCCCGACAUGUACCGAAAUAUGCAUUAUACAGCACGUUUGUCCCGCAAGUCCCGCUCGAAAAAAAGUCUUGCAUGCAAACGAAAGAGCACUGCACAAAAGAAAUGUCAUAAAAUAUAGCGACCCAAUGGCCAAGAGAACAUAGUAUGAGAUACAGGAGCGCCGAGGAUCCAUCGAUGCUGUCAAUUAAUAACCUGUAAAAUUAAAAAUAUUAAAAAUAUAGUCUUGUCGUGACUUUCAGAGUUAAUCAAUUUGGAAAGUGUUUCAUGAUCGCAUUUCUCUGUUUUUCAACCAAUUUAUAAAUAAAGAGAAGGUUAUUCUUCUAAAAAAAUAUUUUAUUUUUGUUAAUAUUUGUUUUUCACUUAUUGCCUGUUUAUUUCCAUUAUAACUUUAACGUACUCGGAGACCAAGAAUUCUGUAAAUACUACGAGUAUAUUACAUUUAGGAAAAUCGGUAAAACACGAUUGAAAGACGCGAUUGAUUUUUCAAAAAAAUGAAACAAAAUAGACUUAGAUUAUUUCAGCUUUAAAGCUGGUGCUUUUCAGUGUAUUCGAUGUUUAGAAAUACUCACAAGUUUUAUUUGCUUUAUGUAAAGAGCUAUGACGUUCUAAAUGAGCAACAAAAGCAGCAAGAUAGCGACAGACGCAGUGCGCUAGGUAUAUUUUGCUUCUCGUCUAUACGCCGCUCACGACAGUCAUUAUAAAUCAGGUACAAAAUAUUGGCGCCAUAGAAUAUUGUUUCGGUUCGCUACAUAUUAUACUUGCUUUGUGUAUGGCAUUUAGUGUAAGUUAAUUUUAUCAAAUGGAAUAAGUAUAGAAUAUGUAACUGUGUCACUAUGCCCCAUAAGUAUCUUGAAAAGUUUAGUGAAAUCAAUGUCAUGUUAAUCGAAUAUGUUAGGAUAUUAAAUAAAUCGGCCAUCAUUUUAUUCUAGACUAAUGUAAAUGGUCAAUUGUAUAGACAAUACUCUUAUAACCGGACUAAUAUUUUAGGCUCGCUCCGUAAAUUACCGUAGCACACUUGCGACAAAGUAUUUUUGCGAUUAGUCGUGCGAUAAUCGCCGCGACCGAACGGCUAGUCUUGUUCACAACAUAAUUCGUUUGUCGUAAUAUUCAGCAUUCUUUUUUAUAAAAAAUAUAUUCAUUUUGCGUCAUAAGUACGCGUGUGCGUACACCCCUAGUGUUGCACGCGUCCCUAGGCUACGGUAACCACUUCCCAUCAACUGGGCCACAUGCCUGUUUGCCUGCUUAGUUGUAUAAAAAAACAAUUACCUUAUAAUAGUUGUGUAAAAAAUAUAAACUAUACAUCACAUUUCGUCCACACGUAAAAUGCAAAAUAUUUAACAUAAUGUUAUUAUGCAAUAUUGUAUAACAGGUUAUAUGUUACCCUUAUGUCUAUAUUGUGUAUGUAUCCAUAGUUUAGAUCUAUUUGUAUAACUGUUAUAUAAAUUACAUUAUACAAACUUAGAUGAAUAUUAAAAAAAUGGCGCGGAAUCUUAUCCUUACAAAUUGAAUUAGGAAUAUAUAAUCGUCAAUAUAUAGAUAUUAAUGUAGACGUUAAUAUUAAGCAUAGCUUUAUGAUAAACUCCUAUGCAAUAUUAAGAGCUAAAAUACUCUUGUAAAAAAUGUAAUUAACAAACUUGAAGCUUAUGAUUAGUUUUAAUUAGAGUUUAAAAAUAUUAUCGAUUGCUCUUAUUGGUCAAUGAUGAGCUGUUAUUGUCAAUUUGAUUAAAUGAUAGUUUUUAUUAUGUUGGUGAAGUAUAUCGACCUUCGGAGUGUAUUUUUGGUAGAAUUGGUGUCAGAUAUAAUUCAAAUUGCCUAUAGGCAUCUGACAUGACUUUAUAUUAAUAGCAAGCUUUCUUUUAAGCAAGAAGUGGCGUAAAUAUUUUCUUUGUUAUUAGAUUUGUUAAUUUAAUUCUUGUUUUCAGAGUAGGGAAGUGCCAUGUUAAAAAUUGAAAUUAACUAUUAAAUGUAAAACUAGAUACUAUUUAUUUCAAAACUCCGGAAAUAAGUAAAAUGCUUUAUGGAUUAAUAUCCUUUGUAAUGUAUAAAAUUAAAAAAAAAUCUACUGUAAUGUAACUACGGAAUUUUCUGUCCUAGGUUUAGAUGUGUGUUACAUUUAUAAAUUGACUGUAAUAAAAUAUUUAACAGAA